CGCUAGGUGGCCGCGCGGGUCCUUGCGCCGGGCGUGCCUCUUCCGCCUCCGCCUCGGGGCUCCGUCGAGCGGCGCCCUUUGGCUCGGGGCGCAGGGUUUUCUCGGGGCGGGAGCGAAGGCGCGUCUCUCCCGGGAGAUCCCUCCCUCGGGGCGGACUCGGAGCCGCGUCUCCAGGGGGCGGGCGGGCCUGUCCUUCGCGCACCAAAGACCAAGCCGGGCCUCGCCGUCGCCUCUCAGGAUCCCCCGGACGCUCAAGAGGCUUCCGGGCUGAAUGCUUCGCUUUCUGGUGAGAAAUGGGCCGCGUGGAGAUGCUUGGGCCCUUGGUGCCUCGGAGCCUCCUGCCCGCCCCUUUCGGCCUCCUCCCUGAAGUCCUCUGGUCCUCGCCGUCCACUUUCCUAGUCAAGGCCCAGGGCCAUAUUCCGCAGCCCUUCAUGAUGUUGGUGGCGGGGCGAAGGAGAGCAGCUCUUUUUUCAUCCCCCAGAGGCAGGAUGGGCGUCGGCUUUCAGGGCACUUAACUAAUAAAUAGAGUUGGAACAGGAGCAAGUCCUGCCUGCCUUCCUGGCAAGAAAGCAGAGUAAUGUUUGCUGCUUAUCAGGUGCUGUAGCAUAAAAGACUAAAAAUCUGAAGGUGUGCUUUGGAUUUAAGCAAAGUUAACAGGCAGGAGUGUUUUUGUGGCUGCUGUUAGUAAUGAAGGCGAUAGAAGUUACAUAUGUGUACAAAUUAUAAACGCAGUGCUUGCCUCCGAGUAUAAUAGAAGGGAUCAAGAUGGCUUUUCUGACAACUUGACAGUUUCGCUAUUCAAGCUCUUGCAGGAUACGUCCAUAUUUAUCCUUAGGCUAUGUCUGAAAGAAUUUAGAAAUGUCACAUGUUUAGAUGGGCAGCUAAGACAGGAGUGUACUCAAAUCUGUUUUGCAGUGUGUAAUUAACACUCUAUAUCUUCCUUAAUGGUUCAAAUGAUGUAACAUAUUCUGAUUUAAAAUGGAACCCAAACCAGUAGUAUCUGAUGGGGACUGGGGCUGUGGUUGUGUUUAGGUUGGGGAGGAGAAGAUUAAGGGGGACAUGAUGACAAUGCUUUUUAAAUAUCUGAAGAUCUGCUCUGGAAGGCAAAUCCAGAGCCAGUACCGGUAGGUGGAAACUACAGGGAAGCAGAUUUUCAGUGGGAGACAGUAGGCUCUGCUUCCCUAAAGGUUUGCCUGUGUUGCUAAAUGGUGUUGGAAGGUAAGUCCUGCCCUGAGCAAAAAGGCUGCCAGGCUAUGGGACUUACAAGGUACCCACCUUCCAACACCAUGGUUUGCAUUCAGCAAUGCCCUUUUCAAGGUAACCCCAUGGAAAUGAAUGUACCUAAGCUGGUCAUGUCCAUGAGUCUAGUGGGAUGCUUGAAUCAUUUCAUGUUUUGUGCAAACAAAUGCUUUGAUUUCCUGGGGAAAUGUCAGGCCCCGAGUUUUUUUAUAUCAAAACUUAAAUGUCUUGCUUUGUUCUUUCUUUUCUUUUUUUUCAAAUAAUAUUUUGUUGUUGUUGUUUAGUCAUUUAGUCGUGUCCGACUCUUCGUGACCCCAUGGACCAUAGCACGCCAGGCGAUUUUCAAACAUUUCAAAAUACAAAAAUUCACAAAAACAAAAGCAAAAAAAUAAAAUAAAAAUAAAACAUAGACAAAAAGGGAAAAAGAAAGGAAAAACAUAUCAAUUCUUACAUUAACUUGACAUUGUGGACUUCCUCGAUUCCCCCCACACUGGGUCCAUUUUUAAAUCUAAAUUAAGCAAUUUCCCUUUAUCAUCUUAAAUCAUUCUAACACAAUUUUUCCAUUAUCUCACAACCAAUUCUAAUCUAUAAAAAAAUAAAAAUCAACUAUCCUCAACCUAUAAUUCAUUAAUUAAUCCAAAUCUAAAUUUAUUUUCCCAUCCAUCUCUAUUUCUUACCUUAGCCUCACAAUUUAUACCCCCAAAAUUUCAUUCAACAGAAGUCACCAGACCCUUAUAUAUAGUGAGGGGGUGGGGAGGGGUAUUACCCUUCUGUUUCAGUGUAUCUGAAGAAGUGCAUCCACACGAAAGCUUAUACCAAGAACAAACUUAGUUGGUCUCCAAGGUGCUACUGGACAUUUUUAAAAAUAGAUAUAUAUUUUGACUGUGUCAGACUAACAUGGCUACCUACCUGAAUUUUCAAUCCUAAAAACAGCUCAACAACUUUGGUCGGCCCUCACGCAUGUUCACUUCAUCAAAUCUGGCCCUCUUUGAAAAAAGUUUGGGCACCUCCUGGUGUAGGGGAACAAAAAGCAUGAGCAGAAUUCAAGGCCUGGUAAAAACACGGACCCUACUUACCGGUAGUACCCUCCUUGAGCAAAGGAUGUGGCUGUGAAUGAGGUGAGGUCUGGAGAGAAUCCUGCAUUUGGUCUCUGCGCUUGACCAUUUUGGGCCAGUGGAUAGAGCCUGGGUUUGGGAGGCUGAGGAUGCCUCUUUGCCACAGGCAGGUGGUGACCAGUUAGCCUCCUUUUUUGUUACAUAAUCACUUGCCUUGGUCCACAUGUUUCUAGCCUAGUGUCUGGAGCCAUACAGAUGUGUUGGCUGCUUGUUUCCUGAUUCAUAGUGUCUUUCACAUGUUGCAAUUCCCAGCAGCCGUUGCAGGAAAUUACAGUGUGUGCAGAACAUGUUUCAUGUGACAUUAUCUCAAAGGUUUGUGCUGCACACAGGUUUUAUCAACAAGGUAAGAUUAAAAAAAAACCCCACAAUACUGAGAUAUGGAAACAACUUUUGUCACUCCUGGUAUUACAGAGAGUUAAAGCUUUAGGUUUGAAACAUCCUUUUGUUUCAUGUAAACAUGGUUGUCUCUGUUUAACUUUCAGUGGUACUAAACUUGCAGGCUUUCUUGUUUUGAGCUGGUUUGUACACUAGCAUUGUUGGGUCAUUUCAGAGAUGUCAUCUGAGCAAAGGCAACAAAGCUUGCUUUUGAUGUUUGUGCUGCUGCUUUGCAACAGUGGAAUGCCGUUUCUCAAGCCUUUUCAUGUUCUGUUCAGCACCAGAUUUAGUACCAGAUUUAGUAAGUCUCCAUAGCAAUGUUGUAGAGGCUGCCUGCACAGACUUAGCUGACGUUUUUGUCCGAAAUGAAAUGGCAGCUGCAACUCUGGCAACUCCCUGUAGAAAUGGGAAGACAAAGAGUAGUGGACGGUCUGUAGGGGAUAGUAACUCCCUCUCUGCUUUGGGAAUGGGCUGGCGGGUUAACAGGUGCAUCAGGAGAUGUGUGACUGCUAUCUCUGAUUAUUUGCAGGGCUGCCUAGGAAUACAUCCCUGCAGCUGCACUACACGCCUGUGUAAAUCUGUGUAACCCAGAGUUAGGCAUCACUGUGUCUACACCACAAUUUAGAAAUAGGUUUUCCAUAUCUGAAAAUCCAGUUCUGUCUAUCCUUUCUUCUCUUCCAGGUGAUGCCAUGAUUUUGUUUUAAUUGGAGACAAAAUGCCAGCAUAAUUAUAAGUCUGGUAUAAGGAACUGUGGAGUCAUGAUGGAUGUUGGAAAGUGGCCGAUAUUUACUUUACUUUCGCCACAAGAAAUAGCAACCAUCCAAAAAGCAUGUGUGUUUGGAACAUCUGCCAAUGAAGCAAUAUACAUCACCCACAGUGAUGAGGUAUUUGUAUUUGGACUAAACUGUAGUAAUUGUUUGGGAACUGGAGAUAACCAGAGUACCAUUGUGCCAAAGAAACUUGAAUCUUUAUGCGGAAAGAGGAUUCGCAGCCUCAGUUAUGGAAGUGGACCACAUGUAAUACUUAGUACAGAAGAUGGUGAAGUUUAUGCCUGGGGACAUAAUGGAUACAGUCAACUUGGAAAUGGGACCACCAAUCAGGGUGUUACACCCAUUCAAAUCUGUACCAAUUUGCUAAUUAAGAAAGUAAUUGAAGUAGCUUGUGGCUCCCAUCAUUCUCUAGCACUAUCAUCUGAUGGAGAUGUAUAUGCCUGGGGCUAUAACAACUGCGGACAAGUUGGGUCAGGCUCCACGGCAAACCAGCCUACUCCCCGCAAGGUUUCCAACUGUCUGCAGACGAAAGUGGUGGUCGGUGUUGCAUGUGGCCAAACCUCUUCCAUAGCUGUAGUGGACAAUGGUGAGGUAUAUGGCUGGGGUUACAAUGGCAAUGGUCAACUAGGUCUGGGAAACAAUGGCAACCAGCUAACCCCAUGCCGAGUGGCUGCGCUCCAAGGCCUCUGUGUAAUGCAGGUUGCCUGUGGCUAUGCACACACAAUGGUGUUAACGGAUGAGGGCUUGCUCUACGCCUGGGGAGCAAACACUUAUGGGCAGCUGGGAACUGGCAGUAAAAGCAACCAGCUAAGCCCUGUGCAGAUCAUGAUGGAAAAGGAGAGAGUAGUAGAGAUUGCCGCUUGCCAUUCUGCUCACACUUCUGCUGCCAAGACCCAGAGUGGCCUGGUAUACAUGUGGGGUCAGUGUCGGGGGCAAUCGGUGGUUCUCCCCCAUGUUACCCACUUUUCCUGCACUGAUGAUGUGUUUGCUUGCUUUUCCACUCCUGCUGUGAUGUGGCGUCUUCUCUCAGUAGAGCAUGAGGACUUCUUAACAGUGACAGAAUCCCUGAAGAGAGAGUUUGAUAGCCCUGAAACCUCGGAUCUAAAAUUUAGAGUAGAUGGAAAAUUCAUUUAUGUACAUAAAGCUGUCUUGAAAAUCAGAUGUGAGCAUUUUCGUACUAUGUUCCAGUCCUAUUGGAAUGAAGACAUGAAGGAGAUGAUAGAAAUUGACCAGUUUUCCUACCCGGUAUACCGUGCUUUUCUGGAGUAUCUCUACACAGACAGCGUUGAUCUGCCACCUGAAGACGCAAUAGGGCUUCUGGAUUUGGCAACAUCAUAUUGCGAAAACAGACUGAAAAAACUCUGCCAGCAUCUUAUCAAAAGAGGGAUCACUGUGGAGAACGCUUUCUCCUUGCUCUCUGCAGCUGUUCGCUACGAUGCUGAGGAUUUAGAAGAAUUCUGCUUUAAGUUUUGUGUCAAUCACUUGACUGAAGUCACCCAGACUGCAGCUUUUUGGCAAAUGGAUGGUUCUCUGCUAAAGGAAUUCAUUGCUAAAGCCAGUAAAUAUGGAGCCUUUAAGAACUGAAUGGAUAUUGCAGCCAUAGCUGGUGUGAUUUCAUGGCCAGUGAGAUACAUCACAUGCUGUAUAAAAACACUUGUCCAGCAGUUGUUUUUAAAGGAGUUCCAAAUCACAGAAUGGAAGAUUUGAUUCUAAAUUGCUCUAGAUAGCUGGAUACCUCUACAAAGGUUUGAACAACUUUGGAAAGAAAAAGAUGGAAGGAACUGAAGGAGGGUGAAGAGAAGACUGUGAUCAAUCUUUCAGAAGUUGGGCUUGCUCAAUUGUUAAUCUAUGUGGUAUAAUUUAGGAUUUCAGGGACUCUUACUGAUUUUUGCUGGCAUGAAAAUGCUUCAUCACCUGGAACUACGGUAUGUAGCAGCAGUGUGAGAAGGAAGCAUCUUUGCCUUUUUGUAUCUUCCAUUUGCAUGCAUAUGAAGGAAGCUUGCAGAACCUGCCAGUAACAAAAGACUUACUUGUCUGUGAAACAAUUAUGUAUUGAAUCUGUUGAACUAUGUAUCUUAAAAAGACUUGAUGAAUCAGUUAUAUGGUGUCUCAAAAUCUAUUUGGAAUUAAAUUAUUGCCUCCACAGCUUUUUGACAUAUAAGCUGUGACAGGCAGCCUUGUUGUAGAGAUUUAAAGUUGUUGAAAGCAGAAUACUCUUGGAAAAUAGUUUGCAUUAAAAUUAUUAUGAAUUCUGUACAAUUUUUUGUGUAAAAUGUGUGUUCUAAAUGUAUCCCAUUAAAAUAAUGCAUAAAAUUAUUUUUAGCAGAGGGUGGUGCUUCUGAGUUAGAAAGGACAUUAAAACAUCUGUUCCUGCAUUGCAGGGGAUUGGCGAUGACCUUUGGGGUUCCUUCCAACUCUGCAAUACUAUGAUUCUAUACUGCUGUUUGUUUUGGUAGCCUUCACCAGAAAGGGGCGAGGCAGAGUGUGUAGUAAACAUUAGUAACUUCUGCAGUGUUGCUGAAAGAAAAAAAAUCCUUGAUAAAUCAAAACUUUAUAGGACUGUCUACCUUUCAUUAUUGAGGGUUAUAUACCCAAGCCUAAUAUCUAGACACAUAUUCUUUCUUCCUCAAAGCUGUUGUGAGGCUGGACUUUCUUGAUGUAGAAUAGUGGUGAUGCUCAAAAUAAAAACUUGAUCGAUGCAAA